AUGCAGCAGAUAAAUUGGUACACUGCCAUGGCCCUCUCUCGGCUGCAAGAUUUUGAAGACCGUCGGAACCGAAUAAAUCGUUUCAGCAUCCGCAAAUUGCAAGACAUGUCGAAUCCAUUUGAAUCCUUCUCAGAAUACCAAUUUCAGGCACGUUUUCGGCUCAGCAAGGAAGGCGUUAUAUUUGUAGCCGCGCUUAUCAAACCAAAAAUCGUCAGUCCGCUAAAACGAGGAGCACAAAUUCCAGCUUUUAUGCAACUACUGGUGGCCCUCAGAUUUUAUUCAGCCGGAACAUUUCAGAUUCAGAUAGGAGAUUUGACAAAUCUGUCACAAGGGACCAUAUCAAAAAUCGUCAAACGCGUCUCCCACGCACUGGCAAGUUUGAAACCGCAGUUCAUCCGCUACCCCACAGAAAACGAAGCAGUUGUAAUUCGACAGAGAUUUUACGAUUAUGGAGGAUUUCCUGGAGUUAUUGGUGCGAUAGAUUGUACUCAUGUUUUAAUUAAAUCAGUUGGUGGGCCUAAUGCGGAACUUUUUCGCGAUCGGAAAGGAAACUUUUCAAUAAAUGUACAACUAAUUUGCACCUCGGACUUGAAAAUUACCAAUGUUGUUGCCCGGUGGUAUGGAUCUUGUCACGAUAACAGAAUUUUUGAGAAUUCAAAAAUUUGUGGUCAACUUGAACGAGCGGAAGUGCCAAGUGUUUUACUAGGGGAUUCAGGAUAUGGAUGUACCCCGUUUCUGUUGACCCCAUUUUCUCAUCCCGUGACAGCGGCGGAGAAGCGGUAUCAGUCCGCACAAAUUAAGACGCGGAAUCCAAUCGAGAGAUGCAACGGUGUGUUGAAACAACGAUUCAAUUGUUUAAGAUAUAUGCGGCUGAAAUUGCGAACAUGUCUGACCACCAUCGUCGCAUGCUGUGUUCUCCAUAACAUUGCACUGCUGCAUCGGGAUAAUCUCCAAUUUGAGGAAGAAGUUGACGAAGACCAUGAAGAGGAUACGGUCACCCCCCUGUCCUCGUCGGGGAUAGCUUCAAGAACUAGAAUCGUUUUGUCCCAUUUUUCGUAA